GCAUCUUCUUCUUCGGCCAGAAAACCCACACAUAUAGCUAGGUCCCCCACCCCACAUUCAUCCUUAUCCUAAUCAAUAAUAAUGGAGGAGAAUCCGUGGGGAAGUUGGUCUUCCAAUAUGGAAAUGGAUGACGAGGAUGUGAAUGAAAGUUUGCGCGAGACGAACCAGUUUGAUGAAGAGUUCCUAAGAGAUAUUCUGCAGCAGCCAGAAGAGGGCAGUGAAGAUCUGAAAAACUCAUCGAUCAUGUCGUCUCUAUUUCCAACAACUUAUAUACUGUCCUUCGACAAAUCCGCUGCUGAAUUGUUACCAACUGAAACUGAUCAUCGUGAUUAUUCUUCUUCCCAAUUGCCCUCAUCAUCAAAUUCAAGGGCCAACCAUGGAACCAACAAGAAGCCUCGAAGCGCUUCGGAGUCACUGGAUCACAUCAUGUCAGAGAGAAAUAGGAGACAGGAGCUCACCAGCAAAUUCAUUGCACUUGCUGCCACUAUCCCUGGCUUGAAGAAGAUGGACAAGGCGCAUGUACUGAGAGAAGCUAUCAAUUACGUGAAACAACUACAAGAACGUAUAGAAGAGCUAGAAGAAGAUAUCCGAAAGAACGGUGUAGAAUCAGCGAUAACCAUAAUAAGAUCUCAUCUCUGCAUUGAUGAUGACUCGAACACUGACGAAGAAUGCUAUGGGCCCAAUGAAGCACUUCCUGAAGUUGAAGCAAGAGUCUUAGGAAAGGAAGUGUUAAUCAAAAUUUACUGUGGUAAACAAAAGGGAAUUCUGCUUAAAAUAAUGUCUCAGCUCGAACGUCUUCAUCUCUACAUAUCCACUAGCAAUGUCUUGCCCUUUGGGAAUACCCUUGACAUCACCAUUACUGCUCAGAUGGGUGACAAAUACAACUUGGUAGUGAACGAUCUAGUGAAAGAACUGAGACAAGUGGCUAUGAUGAAGUCAUGUGAUGUGCAACAAUGAUGCGAGCUAAUUACGAACAAGUCCAGUAAUUUUAGUUUAAGGACUUGAGAAUGAGUCAUAAAUCAUUUCUUUUCAAUAGCCUGUUUUGUUUUCGUAUGUUGAUGAGUCAAUAAAAAGAUAUUAUGUUUGCUCGGCUUGAGGAUAUAUAUAUCCCAUGCUUCAUUA